AGAAUCCUGUCUUGUCAUCCUCUCUCGUAUCUCCUGUCCCCCAUCUUUCUCCUAGGUGUCCUCCAGACCUUCGUUGAAUGUCCCACUGGACGGGGCAUAGGACUAGGGUAGCGGCACCACUGAGAAGUCCACCUCAGAACGGGUACUGAGAGCUGCAUCGCCAGAGUUCAUUGGACAGCUUCAAGAAACUCUGAACCAGGAGUCAUGGAAACCAAACCCAAGCUCUACUACUUUGACGGCAGAGGCAUAAUGGAAUCCAUUCGCUGGCUGCUGGCUGCAGCAGGAGUGGAGUUUGAGGAAGAAUUUCUUGAGACAAGAGAACAAUAUGAGAAGUUGCAAAAAGAUGGGCGCCUGAUUUUUGAACAAGUACCUCUGGUUGAAAUUGAUGGAAUGUCGCUGACUCAGUCUAGAGCCAUCCUCAGCUACCUUGCGGCCAAGUACAAUUUGUAUGGGAAGGACCUGAAGGAGAAACUCAGGAUUGACAUGUAUACUGAUGGCACCCUGGACCUGAUGCUAAUGAUCAUCCAGGCUGUAUUUAAAUCCCCUAAGGAAAAAGAGGAGAGCUAUGCUUUAGCAGUGAAGAGAGCUAAGACCCGUUACUUUCCUGCCUUUGAAAAGAUUUUAAAAGGCCACGGGGAGGAUUUUCUCGUCGGCAACCAGCUCAGUUGGGCAGACAUACAGCUGCUGGAAGCCAUUUUGAUGGUGGAAGAACUCAGCGCCCCUGUGCUGUCUGACUUCCCUCUGCUGCAGGCAUUUAAGACAAGAAUCAGCAACAUCCCUACAAUUAAGAAGUUCCUGCAGCCUGGGAGUCAGAGGAAGCCACCUCCGGAUGGCCACUAUGUUGAGGUGGUCAAGAAAGUCCUUAAGUGGUAGUGGCAGCAGGUCUUAAGAUGACUACAGCGAGUAUCCAAUCGCAGUGUCAUCGUAGGUCAGCUACAGAGCAUUCCAGAAGCAAGGUAUAGAUAGAUCGCAGGAGUCUUCAAGAAACAAAACCACUCUGCUGUCAGCGACACGUGCCAAUUAAAUACAAUGAAAAACUA